AUUUAAUCAUAAAGCAAUUCUUUUAUUAUUAUUAUUAGUAUGACUUUUAUUAUUAUUUUUUAACAUGUUAACAUCUUUACCUUUAAAUCAACAGACGUCUUCAAAACAAAGAUAUUGGCCAUUAAAUGAAAUAGAAGAAAACGUGAUGACGUUAGCUACUUGUUCACAAAUCAAACUACAGCAAGGAGCAUCACCACAUCAUCCAUUGUCUUAUUCUGACUGGUAUUGUCCUUCAGUGAGGUCUUCCCCUGUUCGAUGUGUGACGUGUCAUAGAAAAUUCCAUUCCAUUGGAAAUCUCACAAAUCAUCAACAACUAUAUCAACAUUAAAUACCCUUAUAUGUAUAUAUAAUUAUAUGUAAUAUGUAUACACUGUAAAUAUCUAUUCAUUAUAUUUAAACUUUAGCAAAUUUAUUUACUAUAUAUAAUAAAAAUUAUUUUUUUUUUGAGCUAUUUU